CACAGAAGCAGGAUGCGUUUGGUGUUUGCUUUGGGGCUCUUUUCUGCCCUGCUGCAUCUUUCUACGGCUCUGCUGCUGGGAGCUUUCAACAUCAAGUCAUUUGGAGACACGAAAGCCUCCAACCCGGUUGUGAUGAACAUCAUCAGUGAGAUUAUCCACCGCUAUGACAUCAUUCUGAUCCAGGAGGUCAGAGACAGCGAUCUGUCUGCAACCAAAAAACUCAUGGACCUUGUCAACAGAGGUUCUCCUCAGUUCAACUACAUCGUCAGUGAGCCUCUGGGUCGCAGCACCUACAAGGAGAGAUACCUCUUCAUCUACAGGGAGUCGACGGUGUCUGUGGCUAAAAGCUACACCUACGAUGACGGCUGUGAGUCCUGUGGCACAGACACCUUCAGCAGAGAGCCGUUCGUCGUCAUGUUCUCCUCUAGUCAAACCGCUGUGAAGAACUUUGCUGUGAUCCCCCAGCACACCUCUCCAGAAUCCGCUGUGAGGGAAGUGGAUGCUCUCUACGAUGUGGUGACUGAUGUCAACAACCGCUGGAACACCAAAGACAUAGUGCUGCUGGGCGACUUCAACGCAGGCUGCAGUUAUGUUAAAGGUUCCGACUGGCAGAAGAUCCGCCUCUUCACUGACAAGAGCUUCCACUGGCUGAUCCCUGAUGGGGCUGACUCUACAGUGUCAACCACUAAAUGCCCUUACGACAGGAUUGUGGUCACCACUAGCAUGAUGAGGGGAGUGGUGACGGGCAGUGCUGAGGUCUACAACUUCAUGGUGGAGAUGAAUCUCAGCCAGACUGAGGCAUUGGCCGUCAGUGACCAUUUCCCUGUGGAGGUGACGCUGAGCUAG